AUGUUGAGUCCACACAAAUUUCUCGGGGGCCCCGGAACACCAGGUCUGCUGAUCGCCAAGAAAAAAAUGUUCCGUAACGAGGUCCCUACCAAUGUCGGAGGAGGAACUGUCUUAUACGUGACUCGAGACAGCCAUUUAUACGUGAAUGACAUUGAAAGCCGAGAAGAAGGUGGCACGCCGGCUAUCAUAGAAUCCAUCAGGGCGGGUUUGGUCUUCAAAUUGAAAGAGGAAAUUGGAACAAAUUUGAUUGAAAGAAGAGAUGAAGAACUGUGCAGACGAGCCUUUGAAACAUUCCAUAAACAUCGCCAGCUAUUCUUGCUGGGAAGCGACAAAAGCAAACGACUUCCGAUCUUCUCUUUUAUCAUCCGGGUACCUGUCGAAGGAAAAUUCUUACAUCAUAACUUCGUAUCCGUUUUACUCAAUGACCUCUUCGGCAUCCAAGCACGUGGUGGAUGCGCAUGCGCAGGCCCUUACGCUCAGGAUCUUCUUGGAAUCUCUGAAAAUUUGGCCAGUUGCUUCAUCACUUUCUUAAACAAUAAAAACGAAUGUCAGUCAUGGAGAGCAAUGGAAGUGAUGAAACCUGGCUUUACGCGUAUCAAUUUGCCAUUCUUCUAUGACGAUCUCACAAUUGAUUACAUCCUCAAAGCCCUUGUGAUGGUAGCCGAACACGGAUGGAAGCUACUUCCCUUGUAUGUUUGCGAUCCGAUGACCGGUUCGUACACCCUCAAGAAAUUCGAGAAACAUUACGGCAGUACUUUCUUCAGUUUACACGACCUCAAAUUCAAAAACGGCAAAUUCGUAAACACCAACCCACGACAGGCCCACCCGAAAUUGGAUUGCUCCUUGUUGGACAUUCUCCAUGAGGCCUACCAUUUUGUUCAAGAUGCCGAAAGAGAAUUAAAGCAAUCGCAGGAAGAAAUUGAAAACACCAUUGAAAAUAUGAUCCCGCCAAACAUGCGUAAGCUGCGUUGGUUCUACACUAGCGCCGAGGCCCUACAGCAGUUGAAGAAAAGGAGCUAUCGGAGAAUGGAUUCGACUUCGGGAACGGCAAAGUGCGCCUCUCCGUUCGUUCCCCGCCAGUCAACGCGGCGAAUGACAAUGGACGCCAAGUAUCGUGAAGAAAUGAAAGCCUUUUUGCAAAUGAGUACAGAAUGCAACCAAAACUGUUGCCCGUUUUGUCCGGCAAGCCCCAAAUCGCAUAAGUGUGACGGUUUGGCCUGCACCAACAACAACAACAAUAACAACAACGCCCUGGAGGACAGCGUUAAUGAAAAAAGAGACCCAAGUCCGGAACAGAAGCGGGAGCAAGAAGAGGUUGAAGAUCUCGAAAAUGAAACUGACGACGUGGUUUUCGUAAACGAAAACAAUUCGGAUAAACACAACGAAGAGAUAAGUGCUAGCUACGAACAGCAAAACGGAACUCAUCUAAAGCGGCACAAAUAUGACGAUGAGCAUGCAUUCGACAACAUGGCUGACGAAGAGGACAACGAGAACGAAUCCGACAAGACACAUGUACAUGAGAACGGACAGGAGGAUUUUGAAUCACAGAGGCAGGCGCAGCUUGGUGCUCAGCAACAGAAACGAUAUAAAAAUAAAAAAACUCAACCUUUCUACGAGGAAUUGGUAAACAAACAGAAAAACCUGCCCAACAGUGAAAACAAAACAGAGGGAAAAUACUGUUACUAA